CGGGCGGACAGGUGGCCGGGCCCGGGACAGACAGGUGAGCGCCUCCCGCCUCCAGGUGCCGCCGCCUCCAGGUCUGUGUUCGGUCACUGAAGACCGGGGAAACUUGCAAGAGGAGGUUUCUGGCCCAGGACCUGCUCAAGAGGACAAUGGAUCGACUGAAGGUUCCCCGCACCAGAGAGCUGGAAUUUGGAGGCGUCUUAGGGGCUGCCCUCCUUAUUAUCCUGAUGCCCACCACUGUCUUCUACCUCCUGCUGACUUGCAGAAUGGAGCAGGCCAGCCUGUUGAACAUCCCCCAUCCUUUGCCCACCCUCCGCUCCCUGUGGGACCCCCGGGACUUUGCCCUGGUCUUGGCCUGGGUUGGAUUGCAAGCUCUCUUAUACAUGCUCCCGAUGGGGAAGCUUACAGAAGGGACCCCCCUGCGAGACAAGACCCGGCUCCAGUACCGGAUUAAUGGUUGUCAUGCCAUGGUGGUCACAGCGCUGGUGGUUGGAGCCGGCCUGGCUGCGGGACUGCGCCUCAGCUACAUCCACGACCAUUUCCUGCAGUUGGCCUUCUCUGCGUCCCUCGUUGCCUUCGGACUCAGCGCCCUCCUGUACCUCAAGGCCUUGCUUGCCCCAGAGGCGGCCCUGGCCCCAGGCGGGAACUCAGGAAACCCCGUUUACGACUUCUUCAUGGGGCACGAAUUGAACCCACGGAUCGAUACCUUCGACCUGAAGUUCUUCUGUGAGCUGCGCCCGGGUCUCCUUGGAUGGGCCCUGAUUAACAUGGCCAUGUUGGUGAAGGAGACGGAGCUAAGAGGAAGCCCUUCCUUGGCGAUGAUCCUCGUUAAUGGCUUCCAGCUUCUCUACGUGGUGGAUGCCUUAUGGCACGAGGAGGCUGUUCUCACCACGAUGGACAUCGUCCAUGACGGUUUUGGCUUCAUGUUGGCUUUUGGGGACUUGACGUGGGUGCCCUUUUUGUACACCCUCCAGUCGUAUUUCCUCGUCACCCACCCACAGAAGCUGAGCCUGCCCAUGGCUGGGGGCAUCACCCUGCUAAACGGCCUGGGCUACUCCAUUUUCCGUGGCGCCAACUCCCAGAAGAAUGCCUUUCGCCGGAAUCCUGCCGACCCCAAAGUUGCUGGACUGCGAACCAUCCCCACGGCCACAGGACGGCGCCUGCUGGUGUCCGGCUGGUGGGGGUUUGUGCGGCACCCCAACUACUUGGGAGACCUCAUCAUGGCUUUUGCGUGGUCCUUGCCCUGCGGCCUGACCCACAUCCUGCCUUACUUCUAUGUCCUCUACUUCACCUUGCUUCUGAUUCACCGGGAAGCCCGGGACGAGCACCAGUGCCUGAGGAAGUAUGGCCUCGCCUGGCAGGAGUAUUGCCGCCGCGUCCCUUACCGGAUCUUCCCCUACCUCUACUGAGCCAUCGCUUGACAACUCGGCUCUCGCCCUGGUCACCACAACGGAAAUCCAGCCUUUCUGGCUGCCUGGAGAAGCCCAUGCCCAAACAGGCUCAACCAAGGAGA